CUUUCUAAAGGCCACCAGAAACGAAACCUUGCUAUACACGAAUACUUGUCUAUGGAACUUAUGAAUAAAUAUGGUAUAAAUACACCAAAGGGUGGUGUCGCAAGAACACCUCGGGAAGCAUUCGAAGUGGCGAAGAAUUUAGGUACCGAGGAUGCUGUAAUUAAAGCACAAGUCCUCGCUGGCGGUCGUGGUAAAGGUGUUUUUGAAAGUGGUCUUAAAGGCGGUGUUCGACCCAUCUUUUCACCAACCGAGGCUGAAAAUUUUGCUAAACAAAUGUUGGGUUAUAAGCUUAUAACAAAGCAGACCGGCUCAGCUGGAAAAAUAUGUAAUUCGGUUUACCUUGUCGAACGUAAAUAUGUUCGUCGCGAGUACUAUUUUGCUAUUCUUCAAGAUCGAAAAACCAAAGGUCCUGCUAUUGUCGCUUCUUCUCAAGGUGGUGUCGAUAUUGAAAGCGUUGCUGCGGAAACUCCAGAAGCAAUUUUAACAUUGCCUGUUGAUAUUGAAGAAGGUCUGAAAAAAGAGGAUGCCCUAUCUUUGGUGGAAAAAUUGGGCUUUUCUCCAAAAGUUCGCGAUGAGGCCGCUGAUAUGAUGUUGAAUCUUUACAAACUAUUCAUAGAGAAAGAUUUUCUAUGUAUGGAUGCAAAACUUAAUUUUGACGAUAACGCGGAAUUCAGACAAAAAGAGAUAUAUGCAUUACGUGACACCAGUCAAGAAGAUCCACGUGAGGUUGCUGCAGCAAAAUAUAACUUGAAUUAUAUUGUGAAUGGUGCUGGUUUAGCAAUGUCAACUAUGGAUAUUAUUAAACUGCAUGGAGGCGAACCUGCUAAUUUCUUGGAUGUUGGUGGUGGAGCUACCGCAGAACAAGUAACCGAAGCAUUUAACAUAAUUUCAUCAGAUCCGCAAGUAACGGCUAUUUUGGUUAAUAUUUUUGGAGGUAUCAUGCGUUGUGAUAUUAUCGCUAAAGGCAUCAUUCAAGCUACUACAAAACUAUCAUUGACUAUACCCGUGAUUGUACGAUUACAAGGAACUGAAGUCGAAGCGGCCAAGAAACUUAUAGCUGAAUCCGGAUUACGUAUAAUCUCUGCUGAUGAUCUUGAUGAAGCAGCUUCGAAAUCCGUGCAAUUGUCAAAGAUAAUUGAACUUGCAAGAGAAGCAAAUAUUAAUGUUUCUUUCGAAUUACCUAAAUAA